AUGAGACUCAUCAGAUCAGAUGAAGGACAUUUCACUAAACGAUUCGCUAAUCAUCACAGCUCAAGUCUGGUUAAGGCCAUUUGUUUAUUGUUUCUUUAUAUUUACUGCUUUCCUUUUGGAAUCAAGAGAGCCAAUGGCGGUUUGGUUUCAAUUGAUGAUGACAAUGAUGCUGAUGCUGAAGUUGGUCCCGGUCCCGGUGCUGAUGCUGAUAAUAAUGAUAGUGAUAAUGAUAAUAAUAGAAAUCGUUCAUGA